AAAACUGAGUAAAUUCAAAUAGAUGAAGUGACUCUUCAUUUUCACUAACUUUAAACCCUAGAACUUUGAAUUCCUUCACUCGAAAAUCAGAUGCAAGAUAUCUUCGGAUCAGUUCGGCGAUCACUGGUGUUCCGAACGCCGAAUGCCGACGGCGCAGAUGACGGUAAUCUAGUUGAGAAGAUAAAUUCCUGCAUCCGGAACUCUAGAGUUUUCUCCAAGCUGUCGCCUACUCCGCGAGCGUUGCCAUCACCGACAACCGCCGUUAAAGAUGGCGGUGAUGCGGCUACACUACCUAUCAGAUGGAGAAAAGGAGAGAUGAUAGGAUGUGGUGCUUUUGGACAGGUUUAUAUGGGAAUGAAUCUCGAUUCUGGAGAACUUCUCGCCGUCAAGCAGGUUAUGAUAGCUGCAAACAGUGCCUCAAAGGAGAAAGCGCAGUCCCACGUUAAGGAGCUUGAGGAGGAAGUCAAGCUUCUCAAGAAUCUCUCCCAUCCGCAUAUUGUUAGAUAUCUUGGAAUUGUGAGAGAAGAAGACACAUUGAAUAUUUUGCUGGAAUUUGUACCUGGUGGAUCGAUAUCAUCCCUUUUAGGAAAAUUUGGAUCUUUCCCAGAGCCCGUUAUAAGAGCGUACACUAAGCAAUUGCUCCUAGGACUGGAUUAUCUUCACAAGAAUGGAAUAAUGCAUAGAGAUAUUAAGGGGGCAAAUAUCCUUGUUGAUAACAAAGGUUGCAUAAAACUGGCUGACUUUGGGGCAUCAAAGAAGGUUGUCGAACUGGCUACUAUAUCAGGUGCCAAGUCCAUGAAAGGCACACCAUAUUGGAUGGCUCCUGAGGUCAUUCGCCAAACUGGUCAUAGCUUCUCUGCUGAUAUAUGGAGUGUAGGAUGUACUGUAAUAGAGAUGACUACUGGCAAGCCUCCCUGGAGCCAACAGUAUCAAGAGGUUGCUGCACUCUUCUAUAUUGGGACAACAAAAGCUCAUCCCCCGAUCCCUGAACACGUGUCUGUUGAAGCAAAAGACUUUCUGCUGAAGUGCUUACAGAAGGAACCAGAGUUAAGGCCAUCAGCUAGUGAGUUAUUACAGCAUCCAUUUGUCACCGGUGAAGCACAACUGUCUCUUCCUGAUGGUUCUAGUUCUAUGAUGGGCAAAUCUCAAGGUCACUCUUAUUCAAGUGGGCAUAAUGCGAAAAGUGUUGCUGGUUCAGUAGACAUCUGCAACUUGGGUACCUUGAAUAUCUCAACGGAAAAUACUGAUAACUUGUUGGAGGCUAGAAAUAUGUGGAGAGGAAACAGUAGUGAUGAUGACAUGUGUCAGAUUGAUGAUAAUGAUAAUUUGCUCUUGGAUGGAGGAACAACAUUUAGCACUGUUAAGACGGUGGAUGACUUCAAUAAGAGUUUCAAUCCCAUUGCUGAGCCCUCUGAUGAUUGGAACUGUGAUUAUGGCAUGACUCCUCAAUCGCGACAAGGGAAUACAGAUUUAGUUAACAAUCAGGAAGGUGGCUUAGGUGCUGGGAGCUCAGCCUCACCUAACAACAAUUCUGCAGUUUUAUGUGGUCCUUCCAUUUCAGAAGAUGAGGAUGAGCUUACUGAGUCAAAAAUCAGGGCCUUCUUGGACGAAAAGGCGCUUGAACUAAAGAAACUGCAGACACCUCUGUAUGAAGAGUUCUACAACAGUUUGAAUCCUUCAUACUCCUCUCCUCAGUUAGUUGAGGCUACAAUUGAUGAAACUACACCAAAUUACUUAAGGUUACCCCCGAAAAGUAGGUCACCAAGUCGGGGUCCUAUUGGAAGCCCGUCUACAGGAAUUGAUAUCAUCACUAGUCCAAGCCCUGGAAGUAGCAACAGGCGAACAUCAUGCAUUGGCAGCGGAAGCAAUCAAGACUAUGAUGACAGUUCACCCCAGUCUAAUGAGCGGAGGCAAUCAAAUAGUCCAAUUGCAAGUUUUAGUGAGAUUCAAAGGAAGUGGAAGGAAGAGCUUGACCAAGAACUUGAAAGAAAGCGAGAGAUGAUGCGUCAAGCAGGUGUGGCAGGGAAAACAUCUUCUCCCAAGGAUCGAGCUUUGAAUUGGCAGAGAGAGCGUUCAAGGUUUGCAUCUCCAGGAAAGUGAUUGUAUAUUUCUGUAUCAGCAUGCAUUGCUCAAGGAAGAGGUUAUUUUUCUCCCUCUUCUAUGAAGCAUCUUUACUGUAUAUGUUAACCACACUUGGCGACAAAAAGAUAUGCAACAAACUAGUCACAGGGUUGAUCCAUGUGCUGUUGUUUUGCUUCUACCUCACAAGCCAGCAACAAAAUGAUAUGUUACCACGCGUGAUUGAUCCUCCUUCCAAUAUUUUUCUUUUUCUCCCCUUCUCAAGGAAGUGGGAAUAUAGUUACUGUAUCUUCUUGAGUUGUAAAAUUCCUUCAUGUAGGACAAUCAGCAUAGGUAUGGCAGAUUGUAGCCACCAAUAUUGUCUGUUCCACUUUACUGCAAGGAUUUGUUUCCGGGUUUAUGACUCAUUUUGAAGUGCAGAUG